AUUGCAAUCUUAUCGUCGACAAAAAAAAGUUAUAAACAAUUGACUCAUUUAACCAAAACAAUAUCGCAGCAAGUUAGUUGGAAAAAAUACUUUCAAUAGUUCAAUAGUAUCAAUAUUUCAGAUUUCCUAAAAACUAUAACUGAAAUCAUCAACAUUUAAAGUGAUUUUAUACAAGAAAGGAAUUCGAUUUUAUAGAAUGACCACAACAACAACACCAGCCUCAAAUAAGGGACUAUUUGCGGCAGAUUUGUUUCAUCAAAUUUGUAAAAACAAAUCAUCGCAGAAUCUUAUAAUUUCACCAAUUUCCGUUCAAACAGCUCUCGCAAUAACAUACAUCGGAGCCAAAGGUGAAACCGCUACAGAACUUCAAUCCGGCCUUCGUUUGCUUGUGAGUGAUGUUGAACAAGUUGGAAGACAUUUUGCCAAUAUACUUUUAAGAAACAAUGGCGAGGCAAAGCUAAGCAUAGCUAAUAGAAUUUUCACCAAUGACCAAUACAAAAUCGUACCGUUUUUCAAAGAAAUCGCUACUAAAUAUUUCGAUUCUGAUGCAGAACAACUUGAUUUUAGCCAAAGUUCAAAAGCCAUCAAUAUCAUCAAUAAAUGGGUCGAAGAGAAAACGAACAAAAAAAUCACCAAUGUUGUUCAGGACGGAUCGGUAGACUGUGAUACAAAAGCGAUAAUUGUCAAUGCCAUAUAUUUUAAGGGUAAAUGGAAAACGCCUUUCAGCAAAGAUAUGACACGAAAAAGUAAUUUUUGGGUUAGCAAAACUGAGUCCGUCCAAGUGGAUACAAUUUAUGGGAGUGAGCAUUUUAAGUAUGGAGAAUUUCCUGAGCUUAAUGCGACUGCUGUCGAAAUGCCAUACAAGGACUCAGACAUAUCAAUGAUUUUGAUUUUGCCAAAAGAACGUGAUGGUUUGGCCGAUUUGGAAUCAAAGUUGAGUUCGGUUGUGAUAAAUGAGAUGUCAGCGAAAAUGUGUGUGAAAAGCUUAGAUUUGUAUAUGCCAAAGUUUAAAAUCGAAUUUACAACUAGACUUACUGAUACUCUUAAGGCGUUGGGAAUACGCUCAUUAUUUGAAAAUGCAAAUUUACCGGAAAUGUUUGUGUCAGGGCCACCAGUAAAAGUAUCUGAUGUCCAUCACAAAGCUUUCAUCGAAGUUAACGAAGCAGGCUCCGAAGCAGCUGCUGCAACAAUUGUAAAAAUAUCACCAAUGAGUUUGGAUUUUAAUAAGAAGAAAUUUAAUGCUGAUCAUCCGUUUGUAUUUGCUAUAACAAGCCCGGAAAUUGUUUAUUUUGUUGGACAUCUAGCAAAGUUUUGAAUAAAGAUGGUUGACAAUAU